ACCUGUCAGAACCACUUGAAAACAAGGCUUAAGGCAGCACAGGGUUUUCUUAGCAUCCACAUCUACUGAAGUGAAAUGGCAUCUGUUUAUGUGACUUUAGCAACAAUAGGGAUGGUUUUCAUCUCUCCUGUUGUAUUACCAGCAUUGUUUUUCUGGGGGGUAUUUUAUGACCUUUUCAGCUCAGAAGUGCCACUCGGAAUUGACCAACCUCUAAAGCUGCGGUUUUAUCAUUCAGUGAUGAUUACAACCAUGGUCUUGGGAAAGAUUUUGCAGAAGCUGGGAAUCUGCAGUGACUUAAGCUUAAUGCGAAUUGUGCUGGAUGGAAUACCACCACGGAGAGAUUCAACACUUCUUAUCAAAGACCUCAAAGUAGAUGAGGUACCACUGAGGAUUUAUCAGCCCAAAUGGCCACCUCCUGGCAAAAGAAGAGGAAUACUGUAUUUUCAUGGAGGUGCUGGCACAUUUGGAAGCAUUAGAGCCUAUGAAAGAAUAUGCUGCUAUAUGGCCAAAAAAUGCAACUCAGUGGUUGUGUCUGUGGGUUAUCGUUUGGCUCCUGAACACCCAUACCCAGGGCAGUAUUUCGAUUGUCUCAAUGCCACCUUGUACUUUAUGAGGAAUUUAGAAGAGUAUCAUGUGGAUCCUGCUCUCAUCAUCCUUAGUGGUGACAGCUGUGGAGCCAAUUUUGCUACAGUUAUUUGCCAAAUAUUGCUGAAUAAAAGAGAUCUCCCAAAAGUACGUGCUCAGGUUUUACUUUAUCCAGGACUGCAGGGCCUGGAUUUUCACUUGCCUUCCUACCAGCAGAAUGCUUCAGUGCCCCUGUUGUUUCGGAAGUCAGUUGUCUACUUCUGCUUUCGCUAUCUCAAUAAAGAAACAUCAGUUUUGGAAGAUGUUCUCCAAAACCGCCAUGUUCCUGAGAGUAUGAAACAGAAGUAUAAGAAAUGGGUAAGUGCUGACAUUAUUCCUGACAAAUUCAAGUUGAGAGACUACGUACCUCAGAAACCCACCUCAUAUAAACCUGAAGUCCAUGAAGCAAUCAAAGAAAUUUUAGCAAUAACAUUUUCCCCACUCUUAGCUGAAGAUUCCAUUAUUCGCCAGCUCCCGGAAAGCUACAUCUUGACCUGUGAGUUUGAUGUGCUCAGGGAUGAUGGGCUGUUAUACAAGAAGCGCUUAGAGGACAAUGGCGUUCAAGUAACCUGGUGCCAUUCUGAGAGUGGUUUCCAUGGAAUUUUGUCCUUUUUUGGAUAUGGGAUUUUUUCCUUUUUAGCUGGGAAAAAGAUAAUGGAUAGUAUGGUGAAUUUUAUAAACAGCUUAUAGAAGUAUUUUUCAGAACAAAGAUGCAAAUCUUACUUUAUCCUUGGUGAAUUUACACUUGGCAAAGAAUGUAAACACUUUUGAUACCAGAUUUUGACUGCAUUUUCCACUUUCUAAUUUGUGUUUCUGCAGUGGCUCUCAAACAAAUGUAAAGAUUAUUUAAAGCAUCACCAUUCCAGAAACCAUGAUUAGAAAACCCCACCAUUAAGAUCAAGAUGCAUAAGUAGGCACCUGGCACAUACUGUUUCACUUCAACUCAAGCAAUUGUACUGUCUUUGCAUGCCUGUCACACCUUCAAGACAAGCAGCAAGAACACCUCUUCCUGACGAAUGCUCAAGACAACAACCAGGGUCUACUCUGGCCCUUGUGAACGACAGAUAUUCAGGGUAUCAGAUGGAGAGCCCAAUGAUUCAGGUUCUGUGAAGUCUUAUGUCUGGUAGUGA